AAACGCAGAAGAAGAAAAACAGCGGAAGCAGAUGCGCUGGUUUCGUUUCCGACUGACCUAUUUAGCUAGCUUCUCCUGUUAGCAUCAGUUAAUAAUCUUUAUGCCCGACAAUGGAACCGGUCGUGUGUAAAUUAACGUGCUGCGUGUUUAGUGGCUAGUUUCUAAAUAUUCAGUGACGAAGAAGCGAUAGUAAUAUUCAGAGGAGGAUUCGUAGAGUGACGCAGAGCUAGCUGUUGUUAGCCGCUUUGAUUUAGCUUCGCUGGCUGAUGAGUUUUAAAUGUAUCUGUGCGCUUUGAGCUCUUCAUGCUAGCUGAUUGGCCCUUUUAUCGAUCUUUGACUGAUUAUUACAUUUAUAGUUUGCUCUCCUGGGUUCAUAUUUGAAGCUGCGUUUGAUGUUCAGUGUGUCAGGAAGUGACUCCUCAGCUCCAUGUCUGCUGAGGCUUCAGUUGGCAGUCAUGCUGCUGACUCUGCCCAGCCUGAUGUCUCCCAGCCUGCCUUCCACGACUCGGACCCGCUCAGGAAUCGAGGUCUGCUGGGGAGCAAGUACGUCAAAUUAAACGUGGGCGGCUCGCUGCAUUACACAACCGUCCAGACUUUAAGCAAGGAGGACAGUCUGCUGCAGAGCAUAUGUAAUGGAAGUACUGAGGUCACCAUAGACUCAGAAGGUUGGGUUGUUCUGGAUCGGUCUGGCCGACAUUUUGGACUGGUUUUGAACUUCCUGCGAGAUGGCUCAGUGCCACUUCCAGAGGAUCACAGAGAACUGGAUGAGGUUCUCAAGGAGGCCCAGUACUAUCGGGUCCAGGGACUCGUCCAGCACUGCCUCAGUGCCAUGCAGAAACAGAAGGACGUCUUUGAGAGUGUCUGUCGUAUCCCCAUGAUCACCUCGGCCAAAGAAGAACAGAAGAUGAUCGCCACUUGUAGAAAGCCAGUGGUGAAACUACAGAACAACCGAGGAAACAACAAAUACUCUUACACCAGCAACUCUGACGACAACCUGCUGAAGAACAUCGAACUCUUUGACAAGCUGGUGCUGCGGUUUAACGGCCGCGUCCUGUUUGUGAAAGACGUGCUGGGCGACGAGAUCUGCUGCUGGUCUUUCUACGGCGAGGGCCGCAAGAUCGCUGAAGUGUGCUGCACCUCCAUCGUCUACGCCACCGAGAAGAAGCAGACCAAAGUUGAAUUUCCUGAAGCUCGAAUCUUUGAAGAAACCCUCAACAUCCUCAUCUACGAGAACAACAGAGGAUCCGGUCCCGGCGGCCUUCACCUCCUAGACUCAAGAGGCCCCGGGUCGUCCCUGGGAGCCGGCCAAUCGGAGGAGGAGGGCGCCGUGGGAGGCGACCGGCGAGUGAGGAGAAUCCACGUGAGGAGGCACAUAAUGCACGAUGAAAGAGGGCCCGGCCAGCAGACUGUUUAUAAGGACUAAUAAUGUGAAAAAAACACGGGACAUGGAGGAGCGUGUUCACCUGUGUGUGUGUGUGUGUGUGUGUGUGUGUGUGUGUGUGUGUGUGUGUGUGUGUGUGUGUGUGUGUGUGUGGGUGUGUGUGUGUGUGUGUGUGUUCAUGUUCUCAGUGAAUGAUGUCCUCGAUCAUAGCAACGGCUCUGCACGCGCUUCUGUUCUGCACAGACGUGAGAGCUGAUGACUGAUUUGUAACUGAAGUGGGCGAGAUACAGAGAGAGAGAGAAGCUUCUGUUUACAAGAAGGAAGUGUAGAUAAUAAAUUAGGAUGUGUGUACGAUCACCUGGGAGGUGAAACUGGAGGAGGUAUUACUUUACAAAGGUGAAGGAACUUCCUGCGGGUCGCUGAUCCGGCCUCAGAAAACUCCCACCCGAUUGGUUGGAUUUCUCCCCGGAGCAGGCGGCCCCACUGUUAGUGUAGGUGUUUGAUGAUAUGCACUGGCGACCUCCUCCGCGUUUGACUUGAAGGAAAAAGACGGCGUUAAACACCCGCAGCCUUUUCCUCCCGUCGCACCGCGGUCGGUCGGGUUUAGUUAGAAAACGUAAACACUGGAAUCGAAGUGCGGAGGCGUGUUUAGGGAUGAGUGAGAUUGUUGAGCAGCUUAAUUUUCUUUAUUUAAAUUAUUACUGCUGUUGCUUCAAGAUGUGUUUUUUUUUUUUUAUUAUUAAUUAAUUUAUGAACCUAAUUUAUUGUCGGUAUUUAAUGUAUUGUUUGCGAUCUCUGUGCGACGCGGCCCCCUUGCGUGCGUUUUUUAAUCCUCUGAACGAUACGAUGCACUCGAGAGCACACGUCACAUUUUUGACUCUGGACCCGGAGACGGUGAACUUUCAUGUUUUUUUGGUUUAAUGUUUCAACAGGACACCGUGACCAUUUCUUUGGUAUUGCAUCUUUUUUUAUUCUGAGCCAUUAUCUUCUCGUCACGUCUGAUACCUAAAACCCCGACGUCCCCUCGCCAUGUUUUGGUCCGUGAAGUGAUGAUGGCGGCGGCGGCGUUUCAAACUGGGCGGUGUUUGUUUUACCCUCAGGGAGAGGACAAGUUUGUCCUGUCUGUUAUUCACCAGUGUCUUGUGUAAAUCUAAUCACUCUCAAUGAGGUCAAUGUGUCUCUCACCUCGUUAGUAAAGUCACCUUUAUAUGCACUAACUGAACAUCCGUCCUGUCGUGGUCAUGGGAAUAUUCUGAAUAAAUCACUUGUGCAAUCCA